AAUUCACUCAUCCUUCCUAUAGUUGUAUAUUGGCCGUGCCUUCCCUGGCUUACCACCUCGUCGGCGCCUUCCCAUUAUAUCGCGUGCUCCUUCCCGUUUCUCCGUCUCCCCGUUGCGCCUUCCACAGCCCAUCCAUCCCGUAAACACAGCACUCGACCACCACCUCGGCACAACCAUCCACCAUGGCGACCAAUCCGCCGCAGCUGUUCUUGCUCGCCGAUCACAUCAAGCUCUCUCUGCUCGAGCGCCAAAGAGCCCUCUCCCUGAAUCUGCCCUCCAACAGCCAAGACGGACAGAUCUCGCGGUCCUUGGAGCAAUUGCGCUCCGGUAUCGAGUCGCUGGAAUCGCAAGUCUUGGAUACAUCAGACGAAUCAAUUACAUCGCAACUCCCCCGCCUCCGCACUCAACUCAAUGAUCUAACAUCGCAAUUCCGCGCCUCCUCCAACGCCGCUACAUCACCAACCCUCACCAACCCAAACGACCCCUCACUAAUCCCCGACUUUGCUGCCGCCCAACAGAAGAAGAAAGCCGCCCUUUCAAAAUCCGUCCGCUUCAGCGAUAACCCCGACUCCACAUCUGCGGCCGAAGACCCCAAUCGCGCCGCUCUCUUCCCUUAUCGCGACGACCCUGCUGAUAGCGAGGCGCCCGAUCAAUCUCAUCUCGAUAACGAGCAGAUUCACCAAUACCACAGCCAGGUGAUCCGCGAUCAGGAUGACCAGCUUGACCGGCUGGGCGAGAGCAUCGGGCGUCAGCGCGAGCUUAGCAUGCAAAUAGGUGAUGAGCUGGACGGACAGGUCCUGUUGCUGGACGAUGUGGAGGAGGGUGUGGAUAGGCACCAGGCACAGUUUGUGCGGGCCAGAGGCCGGCUCGAUCGCUUUUCGAGAAAGGCGAGGGAGAAUUGGAGUUUGACUGUGAUAGUGGUACUUAUCAUCAUUUUGGUGCUGUUGAUUAUUAUUACAAAGUGA